AAAUGAAAUGCUUGACUCCUUUUAUCUGCGGAUAUUGCGUUCUCGCCGUAUGCAGACAAAGGCGUGCGUUAUCCUGUAGUCCGUAUAUAGCUGCCCUGGUGUCGACCCGUACUUACAAUGAUUGCACUGAUUGGUUCUACUGGCCAUGUGCAGUGCGCAGUCCGGUCAACGCAUAAGGGGAAUCCACCAAUGAAAGACCUCGAAAUCUUAUCUAUAAACAUUCAUCCGAGAACAGGGAAGAAAGUCGUUCCGGGCGGCCGGUAAGAAGAUGUCCACAGGUCCGAAGCUGGCAGUCCCGCAAGCAGGUCGACUCGAUCACCAAAUCAGCACCACGGUCAGCAUAAACCUCUCUGUAAGGAUGGCGGGGGCUCGUAAAGAGAAACAAAAGAAGACACCUGUAGUCACGAAAGAACUGGUGCGAGAAGACGUGUACCUGACGGACAGCACCACCCCUCGCCCCGCCCCCAGCCCCAUGGCGGCCGCCCAUAGCCGGCGGAUGCGGGAGAUGGGGUAUCCGGUGGAGAUGAUGGCCGACAAAACUAUGGCCAAACGAACCAUGCGGGACACCGUCCAGGAGAUUCUCAAGCACAGGUCGCUGGACAGACAGCUGCAGAUUGAGAUGAACCGCCAGAGGACGCAGAUGCAAGCAGAGGCACGACAGCUUCGCAAGAAUCUCAGACAACUUAAGUCAAAGUCGACCUCCCAAAAUAUGUCUGAAUCGACCCUUGUACAACACUCGAACCGCGCUUUGCACGCCUCUGUACAGUCGUUGCCAAAUGGAACUAAAACUAGAAGAAGCACUUGGAACGUAACGUCGGGCCGGAUUGUUGCUUUAAAAAGGAUGCAAAAACCAAGCCGGAGUGAAUCAACUGAAGACGCUGGCGACAGUAGUGAGGAAGAGGCUCGUCUGUGUUAUGCUAUUAACGCAGUGCGCAUGAGUCAGGACCCGUCCGUUCUCCCUUCUGCGAUGCAAGGGGCGAAGUCUUCCUUGAGACGUCCCGUACGCCGACACACAGUGGACGUGUCUGGGACAAAGUCUAGGGGAAUUGUCCCCAAACAUCGAUGGCACAGUGUUUCAGGAGAUAGCAAUAUCUCUCCCGAUCUUGUGGCAUCGUUUCCAAAUUCUCCGCCGCUGUCGCAGGGACGGUACCAGGGGAGGGCCUCGUCAGACGUGCGCUCCAGAGACAGCUCCGUACACUCCGUCAAAGAACUGGGUCUGAACUGGCAGCUGCCAUCGCGAAAUUCUACGCCAAGGUCACCAACAGGCAAACGUCACAGAGACCACAAACCACUGACUUCUGAGCUGGAUAGGAGACGAAAGGGGGAGAAAACCCCUGAGAUUCAAGUGACAGACGAAAAACAAACGGACAUGGAGUUAGGAAGGACUUGAUACCUUACUCCGCCAUCUUGAUUAAAAGAUUUGAUGUGUAUAAUGUUAUGACAACAUAACUGUGAUAAAAUGUGCAAGUUCAAAUUAUGGUACGUAAUUUGGUAAUUUCUACUUUAAAACCCAGUGUGCCGGACAAUACUUACAUCAUAGUCACGUGAGUGAGAACUCCCUUAAACUUCUUCAUGAUCAAACUUUCUAUAAAUCACCUGUGUUAUUGCAUUGUUCCAAGUAAAACAUCGUCUAAAAGUUAUGACACUGCCUUUAUAUUUUUACAUAAGGUACAAUAAGAUAUUAAUUGAAUAAAAUGAACAAAUGGUAUAAGUGUAUCAUCAUGU